AUGACGACGGCAGCGAGCGCGAUUUCGCCUGCUGGGGUCUGGUGUUGCCCUACAAAUCUACCCUGGGCGGGAGUUUCUCCAUGGUGUUCAACUACGUUGACCAAGGGUUCUUUCGAAUCUUUUAUCGGUUGCGACUUGCCAAUACAAUUCUCUGGCAUUACAUUUGGUCCAGGCGCCACUCAAGUUUUCAGCUUAAUGGACUCUCUGCAGCAGGCAGGGUCAGAGACACAGUUUUACACGGUUACUGCAAAUACCAUUACAGUGGUAGUAUAUGCGACGGGUGUUUUCCUCAUGGGCCAAACGAUGGCCAUGGCUAAUAAUACCGAGAGUGUGACAAUGCCCACAUCGAGUGAAGUAAAGCCCAUUGAGAUUCCAACAGCCGCUGCUGAAGGAGAUGAUAGUUCUUCAAGCACGUCGUCGAAUAGCGUUCUUAUAGGCGUUAUUGUAGGGUGCGUUGUAGGAGUUGGCAUACUCGCCGGGCUAGCCUAUUUUAUCUUAUUACGGCGCCAGCGGCGCCACAAAACACAGCAGGACGGUCGGUCUACGUCGAUAAACGGUGCAAACCAUGAUCAUAACCUAUGCGAUGACUACAGGAAAGCGGAAUUGGACGCUUCAGUUGAGGCGACGCGGUCCGAGCUCGAGGGAACGUUGGGAAUCAGCCACGGAGCAGGCAUCUAUAUCCAGAAGCCGGAGCUAGAGGGCACGCGAGGAAUGAGUAAUGCUGGGGGUGCCGUGUACGUCAAAAACAAGGCGGAGCUGGAGGCUCGACCAAACCAGGUCUCGGAGCUAGAAGCUAUUCCUUGCUCUGUAUUAAGAAAGAAAGAAGCGCCGCCAUCUCCCACAAUCAAGAUUCAAGACCUAGGUCGCUCUCAUAGAGACCAAAAGCCUUCGAGACACGAACUAAGCUGA